AUUUGAACACAAUCGAUUUUAUGAACUGCUGACUGAAAAUUAACCAUGGCCGAUGAUGAAGAUAAACCUAAGAAGCACACCCUGGACACCCUAUUCCUGGUGUAUGCCAAUUUUCAGGUGGUGCCGACGGAUAUCGAGAACGAGAGUUUUGACAGCAUACUACUCUCACAACUGGAUGCCUGGCUGGAGCAGGCGAAGCUCAUGCCAAAUCCAAUUACACGAACCCAGACGGGUCUUAUCUAUAUGCGAUACAAGAAAUGGCGCCUAGAAUAUGAAGACUUUUUAGAGGUUCUAAACAACUUGGCCUCCGACAACGAUUUAUCGAUAGACGAAAUGAAACAGAUAAUGGUAGAUGCUGGAGUCCCUAGCGGUGCCGAUAUGGUUAUAACCGUCAAAUAGAUGAACUGCUGUUUAUUUAUUUACAUAAAAAAGAAGGCAUACAACAAUUAAAUUUUCGAAAGUAACAAUUACAUUUAGAUAAAUAAUUUUGAUUAGUGAAAUUGUUCAUAAAAAUUAUAGUAUAUAGUACAAAAGCGUCCAACAAAAAGCCUCUUAUCCCAAUAGGUUAAUUUCAGUUAGUUUGACAUUUAGAAAACACUUAUUUUAACAUAGAGCGUGCUAGUUCAGAUUACCGAUCAAAAACUAAAUACAAAUAAAAGGGAAAGUACAAGUUCUAAUGUAA